CUCCUCCUCCUCUUCACAGAGCCGAGAAGAAAGGCAGGGUGGUGGGCGAAGAGACCCCAGUCAGUGGAUCGUUAAUCAAAGAAAAAAAAACAGCAGCUUAUAUCAACAACAAGGCCACCCCACCCGUUGGACGACAUGGCCCGCCUCGGAGCCGGCGCCGUGUUGACGCUCCUGCUGGCUGUCGCGGCGGCGGCCGCGUUCCUCGCGGUGCCGGCCUCGGCCAAGGUCGGGGACCUGAGCGCGGUGGAGUUCGUGGCGGCGCGGGGCAGCAGCAUCCCGGGGCAGCGCAGCAGCAAGUGUUCGGGCGCCGUGGGCGAGUGCGGCGUGGACGAGGAGGAGGAGCUCGGGCUGAGCGGCGGCGGCGGCAUCGGCGCCGGCGACGCGCUGCGGCGGACGCUUGCGCAGCGCAAGCCGACCAACCGGUACAUCAGCUACGCGGCGCUGCGCGCGGACCAGGUGCCGUGCAACAAGCGCGGCCGGUCCUACUACACCAACUGCGCGGCGCAGACGGCCGCCAACCCCUACCGCCGCGGCUGCUCCGCCAUCACGCGCUGCGCCCGCAGCAUGAACUGAGCGCCAAGGCGGCGGCCGGCGGUCUGAUCUGCCUGCUGGCUGGCUGGGCAGGGGGCACGCAGCUGGCCUGGCUCGAUCGCACACCAUGCAUUGACGUCGUCGCGGCCGGCCGCCAUGCCGUUGGACGGUGGGGUCGGACGAUGACGGAGGAGGAGGCGGCGGCGCGACGAUAGUAUAUACAAACACCAAUGACCAACCAUACUACCAGUUCUAUUGUCGCUGUGGCGUAGCUUCUCUAUAAAUAAUAUCUAACUCCAACAAGAUAUGUUUGAUUAUGGAUCGCGAUC